AAGAAGAAGAUAAACUGAACUUCUCAGUUCUCUGUAACAAAGAAAGCAAAGAAAAAUCAAACUGAGGAAGGAGAUCGUCUUUUUGAAUUGGGCACGAAAGUGUUAAACCAGUCAAAAAAUCAGAAGCAAAAAGAAGAAGCCUACCUACUCUUUGCCAAAGCAGCUGAUAAGGGAAACUUGAAAGCUAUGGAGAAUAUGGCUGAUGCUUUGCUUUUUGGUGAUCUUCGUAGUCAGAACAUUUCAGCAGCUAUAGCCCUGUAUGAAUCCUUGGCAAAAGAAGGAUCUCAUAAAGCCCAAAAUGCAUUAGGAUUUCUAUCUUCAUAUGGAAUAGGAAUAGAACAUAACCAAGCUAAGGCGCUGGUAUAUUAUACUUUUGGAAGUGCUGGAGGAAGCAUGAUAUCUCAGAUGAUUUUGGGGUACAGAUAUUUAUCGGGAAUCAAUGUUCUACAGAAUUGUGAAGCUGCACUUUUCCAUUACAAGAAUGUGGCAAAUUAUAUUGCUGGUAAAUUGGAAAAAAAUGAAGGUGUCCCUGUGGAAAAAGUGAGACUAGCUGAGAGACCUGAAAAUCUGAGUUCUAACAGUGAGAUUUUGGAUUGGGAUGUAUACCAAUACUAUAAAUUUUUGGCAGAAAGAGGAGAUACUCAGAUACAAGUGUCUCUUGGACAAUUACAUCUAAUAGGACGGAAAGGACUAGAACAGGAUUUCUAUAAAGCAUUAUACUACUUCUUGAAGGCAGCCAAGGCAGGAAGUGCAAAUGCCAUGGCAUUUCUGGGAAAGAUGUAUUUGGAAGGUAAUCCUGCAGUACCACAAAAUAAUGUCACUGCCUUUAAAUACUUUUCCAUGGCUGCCAAUAAGGGUAAUGCAAUUGGACUCCAUGGGCUUGGCCUUAUUUAUUUUCAUGGAAAAGGAGUUCCUGUGAAUUACGCUGAAGCUCUUAAAUUUUUUCAGAAAGCUGCAGAGAAAGGUUGGCCAAAUGCACAGUUUCAGUUAGGAUUCAUGUAUUACUCUGGCUCUGGAGUGUGGAAGGAUUAUAAACUUGCCUUCAAAUAUUUUUACUUGGCAUCUCAGAGUGGACAACCCCUUGCCAUUUAUUAUUUGGCUGAAAUGUAUGCUACAGGAACCGGAGUGCUGAGAUCAUGCAGAACCGCAGUUGAGCUUUACAAGGGUGUUUGUGAACUGGGCCGCUGGGCCGAGAAAUUCCUGACAGCGUACUUUGCCUAUAAGGACGGUGAUAUAAAUUCAUCCCUUGUUCAGUAUGCACUGCUAGCGGAAAUGGGGUAUGAAGUAGCUCAAAGCAAUUCAGCAUUCAUUUUGGAAUCUCAAAAGGCUACCAUUCUUAAGAAGGACCAGAUGUACCCCAUGGCACUUCUUCUGUGGCAUCGAGCUGCAGUUCAAGGCAACGCAUUUGCUAGAAUUAAAAUUGGAGAUUACCACUACUAUGGCUAUGGGACAAAGAAAGAUUAUCACACAGCGGUGACUCAUUACAGCAUUGCAGUGGACAAAUACCACAGUGCUCAGGCCAUGUUCAAUCUGGCAUACAUGUAUGAGCAUGGUUUAGGGAUUUCAAAGGACAUUCAUUUGGCCAGAAGGUUAUAUGACUUGGCAGCUGAAACAAGCCCAGAUGCCCACAUACCAGUGUUCUUGGCACUCUUGAAACUGGAAAUGAUGCAUUUGAUCAAAGAUGUUGUGUUUUAUAAUUUUAAUGUGAAAUGGAAACGGCUGAAAUUGGACACUACCCUCGGACCCUACUGGGAUUUAUUUAUAAUUGGUGUCAUUAUUGUUUUGCUGAUAUUAUUGCUAAGAGAUCGGGCAGAGUAA